GAAAGCUGCUGCCUGAAGAGGAAUGCCGAGGGGAGACGCGGCUCGUUCCCUCCCUCACCCAACUACAACUAGGGCGACCUGGGAGGGGACACGAACGGCGACCCCUCCUUUGCUCUGCUGCAGACGCAACUAAUCCCUCCCUCCCUCAACAGCGACCCCUUCCGAUUCCUGUGUUCUUCUCUCUCUUCAGUCUCAAGAGGCGGCGGCAUCGAUCCGUCCGUGUGCCUGCGUGCAUAUAAGCCCAUUCCACAGCCCACUUCCCCUUCGCUUGCUUACAUUUCCUUCCUUCCCUCGCUGCCUCUACGCGCACCAGAAACCGCGCCCCCCUGCUCCCUCCCCUCUCUCGCAACUCUAUCAUUGCGUGCCGUGCCCAGAGGAGGAGGAGGAAGAAGAAGGGUCUUGGAGGCUUGGAAGGAGGGUCAGGGUCCCAGGGAGAUGGCCAUCGACCACGACUCCCCUUUCAAGGAGCUCCGCCUCAAGAACCGCAGGAUCAUGGGAGGCAGCGGCCCUGAGCCGGAGGAGUCCGCCUCGGCGGCGCACGGCGAGCAGUGGCCGCGCUGGCUGCACCCGCUGCUGUCCGCGCGCUUCUUCGCGCAAUGCAAGACGCACGUCGACUCGCACCGCAGCGGCGAGUGCAACAAGUUCUGUCUCGACUGCAGCGCCGCCACCCCGGGUGCCGGCGCGCUCUGCUCCCUGUGCCUCGCGCACGGCCACCGCGACCAUCACACCAUCCAGAUCCGUCGCUCCUCCUACCACGACGUCAUCCGGGUGUCGGACAUCCAGCGCUUCAUGGACAUCGCCGGCGUGCAGACGUACGUCAUCAACGGCGCGCGCGUCGUCUUCCUCAACGAGCGGCCCCAGCAGCAGAAGCCCGGCUGCGGCAGCAAGGCCGCCUCCGCCAACCUCUGCGAGGUCUGCGCCCGCAGCCUCCUCGACAACUUCCGCUUCUGCUCCCUCGGAUGCAAGGUCGUCGGCUGCUCCCCCGACGCCGCCAAGGCCAGGAACUGGCUCCUCCGGGCCGCCGCCUCCUCCGACGGCUCCACCUCCUCCUCCUCCUCCCUGCGCAAUGCCGGCAAGAAGCAAAGCUUCACGCCGCCCACGCCGCCGACCCUGCCGGCGAAGCGGCGCAAGGGCAUCCCACACCGCGCGCCAUUCGGCAGCCUCAUCGUCGAGUACUAGGGCGCCUGCCAUCCUCGGGCGCCGGCUGUAUUGGCAUAUGGCAUUACCCAGCGCAGUAAAGUAACAGUACUCUGCAACCAACGAACGUACAGUGAAUCCAUGCAUGAAUCAAUCCGCCAUUACUGCCGGCAAUGGGAUGGUGGCGAAGGUGGAGCCACCACUUCGGUGGCCGCCUUCCUUUGCCAUGGCACUUUGGUUGUGGUGCUUCUCGAUGUGGAUGCCAUUUGCUUGCUUUGCUUUUCACAAAGGAAGAGAGAAAGGAAAGGAGGGUGCUUGCAAGACAACUACUACUAUGUCCGUCAAUCAAACCAGCUUUCCAUUAAGAGUUAAUUACUGUUGUUAGGACAGAAGAUAUAUAUAUUUCUGAUAAAAUAUAUGUACAUGUUUAGUCCUGUUCUGCUGAAUAUCAUCAUAGUGGAGGAGUAUUAUAGAUUUUGUGAUGCUUUUCUUUUGUUAGAUGUCUUGACAAUGUAUGGGCAGAAGAAGAACUGCAUGUGGUUAGCAUUCUUGCCACUUGAUAGUUUCAGCAAAGCCAACGCCGUGACGCUACUGCCCAACAAAGUUGCCAUGAUAAAAAGGCAUUAUGAAUGUGAUUGCCUUUGGUAUGUAUGAUUGAACAUCCUAAUUAUAUAAUUAGCAUUGUUCUUGUUCUUUUAA